AUGGCGAAAUCCAGCAGAUCGACUAACAUGGGGAAAGGGGUUAUCACUCCGACGCAAAUUGCUUUCAUCGUCGAUCGUUACCUCCACGACAAUCGAUUCUCUAAAACCCGAACACUUUUCAGAUCCGAAGCUUCGUCUCUCCUCUCCAAUUCCCCAGUUCGCGAUGUUCUGAAGAGUUAUUUGACACUUGAGGAUAUAUUGAAAGACUACGUAUCUCUAAGAGAGCAGAAAGUGGCGUUGGAUCAUGAGAGUGUGACAUUGGAGAAGGAGAAGGUUAGGGUUCAGAAUCUGUUGCAAGGGAUGCAGAAUGUUAUGAACACUUACAACUCCUGCUUGACCUCUCCUCCUCCUCCUCCUCCUCCUCCUCCUCCUGCUUCUCAACAGAAAAGCCACACCAUCUCUUCAGGUAUUCAGAGUUACACACAGGACGACACACCCAAUGCUAUGUCAGUAUCUCUGUUGGGUAACAAAAGAGUACGUUGUGGGAACUUUCCCACACCUUCGACCAGUCAUCAGCCUAUAACCGGAAAACGAAAGGGUCAUGAAGCUUCUACAGGAGCUCCUCCAGUGGCUAAGAAAGCUCGAAUUGCUACGGCACAACCCAACCCAACAGUAAAUGAGACUAAUAGGAUCCCACAAGUUGAUACAGCAGCUAACAAUUUCUCUUCUCAAACUCCAUUGGCGAAAAACUCAUCAGCUAAUAAGUCUAUGACUGGUGCUGUGUCAAGCGUAGCUGAUUCACCGCUUACUACUAAUUCCACAUGCCUUAUGACACCACAAAAACAUGCUUCCUCUGUUACUGGUAAAUCCAACAGUCCCCAGAAAGAAGUUACCCCUACAAACUGCACGAUUGUUACAAAGGAGAGAUUCACAAUUAGCCCUCUCAAGAAAAUUACUUCUUAUACAAUGGAAAGGAGCCAUCUUAUCUCUUCUUCUUCACCGGUCAAGUCCAACCUCAAGAUGUCAAAUAAGAGAGACCAUGUGAAAGGAAGACUCAACUUUGACGACACUGAUACAGAAAGGUGCCUUGAGGCAUCACCUGCUACUACAGAUUUGGCUUCAACUUCUCCAUCUGAGUCUGAGCCGGAAGUUGAUUUAUCUGACUUUGAUUUUUCUAUCUUGGCUGAAGACUUCUCAUUCUCAGAGCUACUGGUUGAUUUUGAUAUUGGCUUUGAAGGAAGUACCCCCAAAACACCUGCUGAAAUGGUUUCAGGGUCGUCUCCUGAAUCAGGGAAUUGGGAUCUAUAGGCGGAGCAGGUCAUGUCAGAGUAUACACCAGAUGCGCUUGAAGUGAUUCCAGGGAUAGAGAUGAUCACUCAAGGUUGGUAUCUUCUGGUCUGUCUCAUUUGCAUGAGAUGAUGGCGAGACCGCUGCAGAGCCUUCUGCUUGGGUUAACUAUGGUGACAAUUUUCAAAAUUAACUAUGGUGACAAAGUCUUCUGAUUCAAUUUGUAUAUAUUUAACUUGGUUUUGGC